AUGGCCCCGCGCGCCCGCCGGCGCCGCGCGCUGCCCGCGCUGCUCGCGCUCUGUGCGCUCCUCGGCUCGCUGCAGGUGACGUUUCAGGUCGCCCCUCCGUGCGCCAGCGAGAGGCAUUACGAGCACGCGGGACGGUGCUGCCGCAAGUGUGAGCCAGGAACGUACAUGUCUUCCAAGUGCACUGCCACCUCCGACAGUGUGUGUCUGCCCUGCGGCCGGGACGAGUACCUGGACACCUGGAACGAGGAAGACAAGUGCUUGCUGCACAAAGUGUGCGACACAGGCAAGGCCCUGGUGGCGGUGGUGCCCGGCAACCGGACGGCCCCGCGGCGCUGCGCCUGCACGGCCGGCUACCACUGGAGCGAGGACUGCGACUGCUGCCGCCGCAACGCCGAGUGCGCGCCCGGCUUCGGCGCCCGGCACCCGGUGCAGCUCAACAGAGACACGGUGUGCGAGCCCUGCCUGGCGGGCUAUUUCUCCGACACCCUUUCUUCCGCAGAGAGAUGCAAACCCUGGACCAACUGUACCAGUCUCGGAGCGACAGAGGCACGUCCUGGAACCAAUAAGUCAGAUGUGGUUUGUAGUUCUUCUCUGCAGUCUCCAAAACGUUCAGACGAGCCCCAGGUGUACCUGCCCAGUUUGGUCAUCCUGCUUCUCUUCAUAUCCGUGGCGCUGGUCGCUGCUGUCAUCUCUGGCGUUUACUACAGGAAAAAAGGGAAAGCACUAACAGCUAAUUUGUGGCGCUGGGUCAAUGAGACAUGCGGCCGCCUAAGUGGAAAUAAGCAGGCGUCCCCGGGCAGCAGUUUCGGCAGCGCUCCCGCGGAGGCCUGCAGUCUGCGGCGCGAACGCCGCGAGGGCGUCUUCCAGCUGACCCUGGAAGAGAAGGUGUUCCCUGAAGACCUGUGCUGUCCCGACGGUGGUGGCGGCGGUGGCCACGGGGCGGUCUGCCCGUGCACCGUCGGGGGCCCCUGCGCCAGCGCGGAAGACGCCACGCUGCUCACCUUGGUGAGCGAGACGGAGGGGGACCCGCUCAAGCAGAUUCCCACCGAAGACGAGUACGUGGACAGGCCCCUCCAGACCCCGGACUCUUCGCUGUCCCUCGCUCAGCCUGGGAGCAAACCCGCACCCCCUUUCUCGGAGCCGCUGGAGGUCGGGGAGAACGACAGCCUGAGCCAGUGCUUCACUGGGGCCGAGAGCCUGGCGGACUCCGAAACCUGCCGCUUGGCCGAGGCCCCGGGCAGGACAGACUGGGUGGCCUUGUCCUGCGAAAAGUACUUGCAGAAAGAAGUGGAGGGCGCCAACUGUCCCCACUGGGCAGCCUCCAGCCCGGCCGAUGGCUGCCCAGGCUGCGGGAACCCUCCUGGGGAGGACCGGGAGCCCCUUCUGGGUUCCCCCCAAACUGGACACUUGCCCCAGUGCGCCUACGGCAUGGGCCUGCCGCCGGAAGAGGCCGCGGACGGGGAAGAGGCCGGUGGCCCGCCCGGCGAUGGGGAUGACGUCACGCCUCCCAGCUCCAGCAGGGGUGGCCCUGGGCCCGGGAGCCCUUCCAGCGACCAGCCACCUGCAUCUGGGAAUGUGACUGGAAACAGUAACUCCACGUUUAUUUCCAGCGGGCAGGUGAUGAAUUUCAAGGGCGACAUCAUCGUGGUCUACGUCAGCCAGAACUCCCAGGAGGGCCCGGCGGGGUCCGGCGGCGGCGCGGGGGAGCCGGUGGGCCACCCGGUGCAGGAGGAGAGCCCGCCCAGCUGUGACUCCUUCGCCGGGCUCGGGCCCCGCUUCCCGGACGCCUGCGGCGGCAGCGUGCCGGAGCCCGACAAGGCCUCGCGGCCGGUGCAGGAGCAGGGCGAGGCCGAGGCCUGUGCGCCCGGGGCGCAGCGCUGAGCGGCCCUCGGACCCAGGACGCCACCGGACCGGCCGCGACUUCCCGGCCAUCAGCGCACCGUCCACGCCCUUACGCGCCCCGGGGGGCACGUACCCACCUGGCGGCGAGGCCACGUGGGCCGAGAGCGCCUGCGCCUGGACCGGGCCCAGAUCAGCGCCCGCACGCUGCUCCUCCAUUCGGUACAUCUGCCUCUAAUGCCGGACACGCUCCGCCUGCCGAGCUCUGUAGACAUCAGGGGCUUUUUAAAAACGUGACUGUGUCGGCACCCCUCUGACACCCAGUCACAUACCAACCAAUGCCUCAGGUACACGCCGUUCCUCCCCCCCACUUGGCCCCCUUGUACGGGGGCCCCCUUGUGCGGGUUGCUCCCCCCUUGGCCCCCUUAUACGGUUUUCCUCCCUCCCUCCCACCUGCCAUGGCCGGCUCCCCAGUGGUCGUCUCUCCCCGGCCUCUGGGUGUAGGGCGGUCCUGUUCUCUCCGGGGCUGUGUUCUUUCCCUCCUGUGUGUGUGUUCCCCUUUCUCUGCUAACAUUUCUGUGAUCUCCCUCUACACAUGUGCACGCGUGCACACACACACACACACACACACACACUUUUUUACCGUUUAAGGGUUUUCCGUGAAUUCUCCCAAGGGCAAUGGUUUUUACCGAUCACCUGUGGCGCCCCCUUCUCACGAGCAGGUGCCCGUGUUUAGGUGAU